AUGAGCUUUUCUGUGGCGCCGCCCUCUGCCAAUGUCCCCAGCACUAAUCAACCGUCUUCUUUUGUACUUCUGACCAUCAAAGCCAAGUGAGUCUUCCUUUAAAUCCGAAACACUAAUAGUGAUAGGAAAAAUCCUUAAUAGUGAAAAAAAAAACCUGAACAGUGAAAAAAAAAGUGAAAUUAAACUUGUUCAAAAUGGAAGUUUCAAUGGAAAUGAACAAAAAACGAAAAAAAGUCGUUGAAAAAGUGAUUGAAGUUUUUGAAAAAAAAGUUUCCCGCCUUGUCCGUGGAGCGCAAGUGUGGCUUAUUUUUGAUUUUUUGUUUUAAUGAAUUUUACAAAGUUUUCUGUUUUUGAUAUUCCAAUGUGUGCACUGAGAAGCUUUAUCAGUAUAAGAUAAAAAAGGAAUUUUCUGCAUUCCAACAAAUGGAAGCGUUUUUCGUUGUUAUUUCAAAGAAUUUUUCAUUUUAGAGAGUUUUUGUUCUCCGCUGUUGAACAUGUUGUUUUUAAAAUUAGCUAUAUAUAAAUUCGGAAUAUUUUAAAGUAUUCGGAGUGACUUUUACAUUGAGAAAAUAGUGAAUGUCACAAAGUCUUUGAAACUUUGAAAAAUAGCCACACAUUUUGGCAGAAAAAAAAUUUUUUCGAAGACAAUUUGGGCUUAAGUUGAACAGGAUUCCAUUCUCUAGGCAUAGUUUUAAUUUUUUAAUUUUCAGCAAACUGAAAGAUCGGGAUGUCUUCUCGAAAAGUGACCCGAUUUGCGUCGUCCACGAGCUCAUGGGCCGUACAACCAGUAAGAAAUUUUAUCAUAUUUCAUUAGUGAUUUUUCUUGGUUUGCUUUUUUUGCUUGCAACUUUUCACACUCUAUUCCUUCUAACAUGAUUUUUGUGUUUCACGCAUGUCUUCUUCUCAUUUUGUUGUUGUUGUGACACUAAUUCUCUAACUAUUUCUGUUCUUCACGGGUUCUUUAUAUUCAUAAGGCACACUUACAGGAAGAAUCUCGAGUUCUGCGACCCCAUCUCGAAAAGCGAGUAAAAAACGACCAGGUGAUUUUGAAGUGGAAGUAGAUUCAUUUUUGUGCUUUUUGCCUUUUUCGUGUCGUACUUUUCCCAUUUUUGUGAGUCUCGGAUGUUUUAUUUUGUGGUUUUCUGUCCUGUCCGGUGUUUCGGGUUUCUCUGUAUACUUUUUUCUAGAAAUGGGUGAUUUAUUCUUGAAUGUAACCAAAUAAUGGUCUUCCCACUUGUUUUUCAAGAUUAACAAAAAAAGAACCAAUUUUUUUGCGGUUCCUGUAGUUUUUGAGGAAAAAAAUCUGUUUACUACAAAAAAAUUUAUUUUUUUGAGGAGAAAAAUAGCCGUUAAGACCCAAUACAAGGUUAUAAAAAAAUUCAUAAACACUGAGCUAGUUAUAGUCUUGCAAAAAGAAAAUUAGACUUUUUUAGAAAUCUAACGCAAAACUCAAAAAAGUGACUGAAUGUUUGUCGGGGUCUGUCCUAUAACAUCACUUCUCUUAUUAAUUUUUCGCCAUUCAUUUUUUUGGGUUAUUUUUCUUCACCCUCCUUCAUUUGCAUGCUCUACCUCUGUUUCUAUGUUCAAUCAAUAUUCAUUUUCCAGCGAACGAACAAUGGAUCGAGCGCGGUCGCACGGAGAUGAUCAAAAAUUGUCUGAACCCCGAGUUCGCCCAGAAAAUCCGCCUCGCCUACUUUUUCGAAGAACGACAGUUUCUUCGUAUCGAAUUGUUCGUUUUUUUUUCGAAAUAAAUGGAAUAAUAUUUGAUGAAUUUCAGAUACGAUGUGGACAACAGCUCUCAGAAGCUGGAACAGCAAGAUUUUUUGGGCUGCGCGGAGAUCGAACUCGCCGAGAUUGUCAGCAGUGGCGGGUUGACUAGGAAGUUGACGUGAGUUAGAAAAAAAAGGAUUUUUAUUCUCUUAAAGUGAUUAGAAAUUGUUUGAAAUGAUUAAAAAUCAAAGAGGUAAAAUUAUUGUCGAUCUUAUUAGUAGAGAAAAUAAAUUUAUAGUUUAAACAUGGACAAUGUUCGAACGGCCUCAAAAAGAAAGAUUCUUGAGCUAUUUUUUGAGUUCGAAAAAAGGUGUCAAAAUUUUUCUGAAUUUUUUUCUCUCCUUGAAAGGGCAUUUUGGAAAAAGGUUUUAAAAAAAUAAGCCUCUGAGUCCUUUUAGGGACUUUUUUCCAAAAAGCUUCGUUUUAGGUCAUUUUUUGUCCGUUAAAGCUAGUUUCAAUCAUUAAAUGCCUGAAAAACUGAAUUACGAUGUAUUACGGUUUCAAAGACAGUUUUUUAUCUACGAGAUUCUUACCAUCACAAUUUGAUUGGGAAUCUGCUUAUCUAAACGUAUUUAGCACCAAACCUUAAAAUUUGUCUCUAGAAUUGUAGGUCAAUCAUGAUGAGUUAUGCCCGUCCGUAUCAAAACAAAAACCAUAAAAAAUGACUUUGGACCGAAUUUUUAAUGAAUAAUGAUGGGAUUAUCUUUUCAAGAUUAAGAGAUGACAAGAUAGCCAUUUUCACUUCCAUACGGAAAGUUAUCGAGCUUUUGCACUUGUAUAACACUUUUCUUGGAACAUUUGUUGAAAAAUCACUUAAGUGGGAUGCACGGCGACUGUGGUACGGUGACAGUAAGCGCCGACGAAGACGACGCCGGAGGGGCCAAGGAAAUCCUGCAGCUGAGACUCCGCGGCGAGAAACUCGACAAGAAGGACUUUUUCGGCAAAUCCGACCCUUUCCUCAACUUUUACCGGAGGCUCGACAGUGGAGAGUGAGUUUGGAGUUUUUCAAAGUUGAAACAUUUUUUUCUAUUAAUUCGAUUUUCAAGUCGGGAAAAGUUUCCUAUAUCAUUCAUUUUUCGUUCCAGCCGCCAACUCGCCCAUCGCACAGAAGUCAUCAAGAAAACGCUGAAUCCCGAGUGGAAACCUUUCGAAAUUUCUCUUCAAAAUCUUUGUGGCGGUGAUAAAUCUCGGUAUCUUCUAUUUAUUCCUUUUCAAGUCAUUUUACCUCCUAUUCAGACAGUUUCAAAUCGAAUGCUUUGACUACGACAAUGAUGGCGGGUGAGUAUGCCUUUAAGUGUUUUUUUUUUUGGCAAGGUUCCAAAGUUUUUCUAUUCUAUCAAUGCUUAUUAUAACUCAUCUGCUUCGGAAGUUUGAGAAGAAUUAUUUCAAAAGUUCCUUUUUUUUUUGUCGUUUGGAACUUUUGUAUUGAUCCAUAAUGUAGCCGUUGUACCACGGCUUGGAAUUUCACCAAACGACAUUCCGCUGUGCCGCUGCGCGCCUUUGCCAACCUUGGUCGCGCUUUUAAUUUUUUUUUUCUUUUAUUAAGGUACUCUACUUUCAUGUGCCCUCACAGCAAUAACAAUUAAUUAAAAACGACCUAGAUUCAAAAGACGCUUCGCGAACGCACGCAGCGGCACAGCGGAAUGUCGUUCCGUGAAGUUUCAAGUCGUGGCACACAGACUAUAACUUUGAAACCUUGCCAAAAAUGUUCAUGUCGAAAAUUCAAGUCCCUUUCUUAGUUAUUACUAGAGUAGUAAGCCUUGUUGCCGUUGUAUCGUCGACUUCUCCUAGGAUUUCCGAAUAACCUGUCCUUUUCCACUAAAGUUGCUUCUUUCUAAGUCAUUUGCAUGGUGAGGCUUUAAGAUUCAUCAGAAGUGAUGCCUUGAUUCUGAUAAAACUUGGCUUUUAUGAUUCUGAAAAUCUGUUUUCUAAAAAUUUUUCUUGAUGUGGAGAUCGCAUAAAUUAACAUAUUUUUUACUUCAUUUUUUUUCGAUUCAAAACACUAUCGUCGCUCUUAAAAUUACUCAAAGCUUUUUAACUCAGCAUUGCGGUUUCGAGUGAACUUUGAAAUCAAUGAUGAAUGUUCACCUCGUUGAAAGUUAUUUAAUUUUUUUGAUGUGACUACGGUAGCUUUUUCCUUGCUGUGGAUAGUAACCGCUAAUUCACAGUUGGCUUGAGCCAUUGAGCCAUUGAAAAAGGGUCCUGACACGAAGAAAAAAAAGAGAGAGUGCCUGGUUGAUGGAGAGCAUGCCACGCCCCUUUGCGUCACAAGCUAGCUGUAAAUCGCCUAUGAAGAAGAAAUAAGAAAUCAUAACCUAAAGACCAUGUUUUUUUUAACCAUUGUUCAAAAAAAAAAACUACAACCUUCCGAGAAAUUGAACUUUACUGGUCCCUUGGUGUGUUCUCCCGUGUGUGAUACAUCUGUUGUACCCCAUACGUCCUUGUAUUCCAUAUUUCAACGGCAACGAGGUCUCGUUCCAAGUAGGAAAACUAAUCUUUGCAGUUUAAGUCACGAUUUCAUUGGCUCCUGUCAAACGACCGUCGAGGAUGUGGCCAUGGGAAGAGUUUAUUCACUUCCGGUUGGAAAAUCGAUAACUAAUCAAUAAUUAAACCAAGUUUCUAGCUUAUAAAUGAGAAGAAACGAGUCAAAAAAGGAUCGAAAUACAAGGAUUCCGGAAUUCUUCACUUUAUCAGCGCUCAUGUUGUUCGUCAGGAAACUUUUCUCGAUUUCAUCUCUGGCGGGUUUGUUUUCGCCAUUUAUUCUAGGAAAAUAAUAAAUCAAUUUUCAGAACUCAGCUUGAUUUUGCUGUCGCUAUUGACUUUACUGCUUCCAAUGGACAGGUUUUCCGACCCAUUUUUACAAUUUUAAAUGAUUUUCUUAAGGUUCAUCAACCAAAUUCAUUGCAUUAUUUUGCACCCAAUCAGACGAAUCAGUAUGAAGUUGCUUUGAGGUUUUUCAUUAUUUUUUUGACUUGGAAGAAAACAGAAUUUGAAGGUCCGUCCUGGAAAUCUGCCAACACUACAACAGCAGCAAGAAGUUCGACGCCUACGGAUUCGGGGCCAAAGUUCGGCCUUCCUCUGCCGUUUCGCCUGUUUUCAACUUGGUCUGUUUUCAUUUUUCAUAUUAACAAGGGAGCUGUCGAUUAAUAAUCAUUAACAAAACCGUCUGAAGUCACCGAGUUUCAACUUCGUCUCAUGAAAAACAUAGGAUGAAAUUCAGGAGUUUUGAUCAAAUUUUUAGAUUCUUCUUGUAAAUUUGUUUUUUCUAAUGAGUUUCUCGCAGAACACGACGGAGCAAAGUCCGACGGUUCUCGGCGUCGGCGGAGUGAUGGCGGCCUACCGCGCGGCGCUUCAAAAAGUCGAUCUCUAUGGUCCGACCAACUUCGCCCCAGUGAUCAAGGAGGCCGCCAAGAGAUCGGCCCGCAUUGGAUCUACCGGCGCUAGAUAUCAGGUAAUCGAAAAAAGUAGUUUGGCAUGUUAGAAAUCAGCGUUGAGUUCGGCGCAUUUUAUUCAAAACCAAGAACUUGAGGAGGACAUUCCUGGUAAAAAUUUAUUCGUGAAAAUCGGGAAUUUUUCGAAUUUUUGUUGUAAAAUUUCAUAUUAACCAUCAAUAGCGCUAUAUUUUCAUCGACCAACUCAAUGAAAAUAAUUUUUAGUCGUUAAUGGAAGACUGCUGUGUACGUAAUAAUAAAAAAAAGGCUGUUAAUAAUAAACCUGGAAUUAGAAACAGUGAAGAAAUAUUAUGAGGCUUGAGGUCUGUUGUUAGUUUUCGACUUUUUCCUCUUCCCUUUUUUUAGGACUUUUUAUAGAUACCGAUUUCAAGUAAAAGCAACUAUGAGGCAUAGAAAUAAUAAUUGCAGUUUUUGGCAUUUGUCUCAUUUCGUUUUUAAAAUACCCUUCCUAAUCUAAUAAAACUGACGAGUUUCAAAGGAUGAGUUGAGAAGAAUGUCACAUUUUGCCAAUUUUCGUGAAAUUUCCUCGAAUUUACUGAUUUUUUUCAAUACCUUUGAUUCGUUCAGAUAGAGGACAAGGUCCUGUGAUCUUUCUCUUGCUUCAAAAAAAAAAAAAUGGGGGUGAUGACUUCUCCAGCUUCUCCUCAUUUUUGGACUACUCCAAAUAUUAUAUACAUUUUUUUUCCUUUCAGAUUCUUCUGAUCAUCACCGACGGCGUCAUUUCGGACAUGGCUAACACGAAAAGAGCCAUCAUCGAGGUUUUGAAAUUAUUUUCCAUUGGAAAAUAAGCUUUUCCAGGCGUCGGGCCUUCCGUUGUCGAUCAUCAUCGUCGGCGUGGGGAAUGACGCCUUCGAGAGCAUGGACGAGUUGGAUUCCGACGACCGACUUUUGAGUCACCAGGGAUGGACCGCCCAGAGGGACAUCGUUCAGGUUGGAAGCCUUUCAGGAUUUUUUCUCACCUUGUCACGUUUUUUUUCCUGAAAGCUGUAUAACAAAAGUCACUUGGAUACCUGUAUUUUUGGUGUCUUUUUUUGAAGAGUCUCGAAGCGAAAGCGCAAAUAGUUAGCUGGAAUACGGUAGCUUUUUUGAGACGUGUUUAUCACACUUUUUCUGAAAAGCUGAUCAAAUAGGUCAUCAGGAACUUUCGGAUAUUCCUUAUUCAUAUUAACAGAAUCAAAAAAGACGAUUAUUGAUAUUAAACUUUGGGGCGUCCUUGACCUAGGAGAUCUCAAGCUAGAAAAAAAUCGUCAUUUUUUGGAGAAAAAAAGAAUAUUUUUUUCAAAAUAACACAAAAUAUGCUCAAAGUGGUUUGUUCUCUAUUGAAACGUUUCAAUCGAUUUGAUUCGCUAGGAAAAAAGUUAGCCUUUAACAGUACUUUUACAGUAAGCCAGAAAGUGGGAAAAAAAAAAAAAAUGAAGGUCUUGCGCGUAAUAUAGUAUGACUUACUGGAAAUCAAUACUAUUUUUUUUCAGUUUGUUCCUCUCCGCAACUUCCUCAGUCCUACCAACGCCAUGCAGGGAAAGGAAGCCGACCAUGCCAUGGCGAUGCUCGCCAAAGAGGUCUGUUUUUACAAGGAUUCCUUGGAAUUUUCUCAGGAUUUAUUAAAAUUUCUUAGUUUUUCUCAAGGUGUAAAGGGCUAAUCAGAAAUAUGGUGUUUGAGUAUGGUCAAAAAAAGUCCUAGAGUUACUUGAAAAGCUAGUUUAUACUAGUAAUACGAAAACUGCGAAAAUACCAUUGGUGGAACUCGUUUAUAUUUUUGCACGUCCUUCCAUGGCUUUUUUCUAAUCGAUCAAAAACUAUACUCUCCAAUAAAGAAUUUUUCAGGUUUUGGCCGAAGUCCCACUCCAACUGACGUCAUACAUGAAGUCGCGCAGCUUCAAGCCUCGACCUCCGAACGAUCCUUGGCCUCGAGAUCCCGAACCCAGUGAGUUUUUUGGGUGUCCUGCAACUUUCCUGGUCCAUAGAAUGAAAAAAAUUGGCCUUCAGAAGCUUUGAAGUUUGUCUGGUUUCAAAAACUUUCGAUGAUUCUCAUGAAAAUUUCAACCAUUUUCCAGCGCCAGAACAACUCGCCGCAGCCGAAGGCGCCCACUACCCGCCCCAGAACCAAUAUCCGCAGAACGGCGGCUAUGGAGCGCCCUUGCCGCCGCCUCAUCAACCAAUCUAUCCGAACCCCAACCAGCCCUACCCACAGUAUCCUCAGAACCCGUCGCCAUACCCUCCCCAGUCCUACCAGCCAUACCCGCCGCAGAACGGCCAAGGCUACGGUCCGCCGGGCAGCUUCUCUCCGCAGACGCAGCACUUCCACGCGACGCCUCCGACCCGUCAGCCACCGUAUCCGCCGACGACGCAGCACGACGUCCUCGUCCAGUCUGCUCCGUCGGCACCGCCCGUUGACAUGAACGACGUCAAUCCAUACGUCCAGCUCGGCUCUCAGAAUCCUCCCUACCCGUCGGCUGGCUUCCAGAACGACUUCAGCAACAUCUCCUUGAGAUAA